AAACAAAUCAGGACACAUGGUUGUCAUCAGUAUAUGAAGACACGACCCGCAAUUACAGAAUCUUUAAGUCUGAAAAGUUAAAAUCUAAUAUAUUUGGCAUCACAUCAAAUUAUUACUUUCAUAUCUAAUUUAAUCCCACUACAUGAAUGCAAACAACAACACAGAAAGACAGAAAUGCCAGCAGCAUAUUUUCAACAGCUCCACCUAAUUGAUCUUCUAUGUGUCCAGAACUGUGAGUCUAUAUGCCAAAUGAGCAUAAGACAAACCAGCGAGAUUGAUUAGUUCAAUCUGACGUUGAAUCUAGAUUUGAAUUUAUUCCCCGCGUCAUCUGUUCCCUGCGUUGUUGUCAACCCUAGUGUCGGACGCCGUCACCGUUUCUUACAUUGUUUUUAAUUUUUUAUUUUAAUUUGGCUUUGAAUCUGGUCGUGUAAUCGUUUGGAUAUUGACGAUUUUGAAUAAAGCUUGAAGGUAACCGUUUUGUGUUGAGUUAGGACUUCUUUUGUCUAUGGAUUUCCAGAUGCUAAUUAAAUGGUUGCUGUUUCUCUGUGUAUAGCAAAAAUGAUGAGGCUACAGUCGUAUGCAGCGCUUAGUUUCCUUGCAACUCUAGCUGUUACGCAUCAUGCAUUCAACAGCAGAGGUCAAUUUUAUCCAGCAAUGGUUUUUCGGUCAACUUCCAAGAUCAACUUGGUACUUCUUCUCAACAUGGGUCUGGUCAUUAUGUGUCUUUUAUGGCAAUUAACAAAGAAGGUAUUUCUUGGCACACUCCGAGAGGCAGAGGUUGAGAGGCUUAAUGAGCAAUCAUGGAGGGAGGUUAUGGAAAUCCUUUUUGCCAUCACCAUUUUUAGGCAGGAUUUCUCUGUUACAUUCCUUGCUAUGGUCACAGCACUGUUGUUGAUCAAAGCUUUACAUUGGUUGGCUCAGAAAAGAGUUGAGUAUAUUGAGACCACUCCUGCAGUGCCCUUGUUGUCUCACAUUCGAAUUGUGUCUAUGGGUUUCCUCCUCCUUCUGGAUGGACUGUUUUUUUAUAGUUCCGUGAAGCAUUUGAUACUAUCAUGGCAGGCUUCAGUUUCCCUCUUUUUUGCUUUUAAGUACAUGAUACUGGCAACAACGACAGUGUCAAUUUUUGUAAAAUAUCUUUUCUACGUUAGCGACAUGGAAGGACAAUGGGAAAGGAAACCAGUCUUCACAUUCUACUUGGAACUCAUCAGGGAUUUGCUUCACUUGUCUAUGUAUAUGUGUUUCUUCCUCGUGAUUUUCAUGAACUUCAAAGUUCGUGUUGCUGACUACAUACGCUAUCAUAAGAUUACUUCAAAUAUGAAUGAUCGGUUUUCAGAUGCAACCCCUGAAGAGCUUAACGCAAGCGAUGCUACAUGUAUUAUCUGUCGUGAAGAGACGACUACAGCCAAGAAACUUAUAUGUGGACAUCUUUUUCAUGUGCAUUGCCUCCGAUCAUGGUUGGAGCGGCAACAUACUUGCCCUGCCUGCAGAGCCUUGGUUGUACCACCUGAAAAUGGCGCAACUACUGCUAGAGGGCAGCAUGGAUCACAGUCAGAUCGACAGGGAACAGGAACAGGAUAGUACUGGAAACUCAUCUCAAGCUCAAGGUGGCAAUGGGGUGGCUAUUGAUAAUUUGAGUCGUCAUCAAGCUAGACUCCAAGCUGCCGUUGCCUCAAUGUAUGAGAAGUCUUACGUAUACCCAUCAUCAUCUGCAACUUCUUUAGUAUGGUAUAUCAGUGAUUUACCAUCCACCUUUCUUUAUAUACUUAAACAGACUGAUCCAGAAACAAUGAAUUUAACUGAAGACACAUUGUGUGCCUGGGUUGUUCUUGUUGAAAAAUAGUUAGCAGAUGCCGCAAAAGGAAUAUAUUAUAUAUUUAUAUACAUUUGGUAUAUUCUCUUAAUCUGUUAUAAAGGAGUAACUAACUGAGGCAACACACUUGUAUGUUUGCAAAGAUGGCACAUGAGC